UUUUAAGGCGGACUUGUCUUUGGGACGACGAAUGGGACGAGGACUGCAAUUCCGCUCCACAUGAAGCGCAAGCCUGAGCAGCCCAGCCAUGCAGGCGCUGAGCAGGGCGCAAUAGAGGGCCCCGAGGCGAGCCCAGCCAAGAGGCAGCAUGUUAACGACAUAGCAGCGCCAGAUGCGGCGGUCAGCGCUGCGGCGGCCGGCUCCAGGGCUUCCAGCGGUGGCCAGCUACCCGCCCCGGCCCCUGGCUCAGUGCCGGUGUCUGCUGUUGCUCGGGCUCGCUCUCCGGCGGCUGUUGCGAGGCCCCAUGACGCGGCACCCCCUCGUCUUGGCGGAUCUCCUCAUAGCGCUGGGACACGACUUGUCCCAGCGGCGUGCGGGGCUCGACCCAGGAACGUGUGGGUUCGGCAGGACAGCCCGUCGGCCGCGGCUGUUGGCCCGGCCGUGCCGGCGGCAGUGCCGGCGCCGGCCCAGCCCGUGUCGGCAGCUAGGGCCGCCGCAGGAGGACCGGCAGCAGUUGCUGGGUCGGUUACGCCGAGGUCGAGGGUGGCGACAGCAGCAGCGGCAGCAGCAGCGGCAGCAACAGCGGCAGCAACAACAGCGGCAGCAACGUCAACAGCGGUAGAUACGGGUACAGGUGUGCGGCCAGGGGCAGGGCAAGGCCGCGGCGGACCCACAGCCAACACCGCCACAGUCUUGGUGCCGGCGCCGGCGACGGCAGCGGCACUGGCGGUGACAGCUGCAGCACGGGCUUCGGCCGCGCCUACGGGGACGGCGGCUUUAGGAGCAAAACCUGCAGCAGCAAAGGCAGCAGCCGGCCGUGCGCCGGCCCGCACGGCGCCUGCCGCCGCCCCGCCGGUGGCAGUAGCAACAGCAACAGCCAUGGCAGCCAGCCGUGCGCAGCCACUGCCGGCACCACCAGCAGCUACAGCUGCCGCCGCCAGGCCUGCAGCUGCCUCCAAGGCUGCGGCUGCGGCGGUGCCACCAGUAGCAGCCUCGGCCCUGCAACGUGCUCCUGCCAGCUCGACGGCGGCUGAGGCCGACGCCGUCGCUCAGGCGCGGCGGUUGCUGCGGCAGGGGCGCGCAGACCCGGUGACGCUCGCUGCGGCGAGGGCGGCGCUCGCCGCGGGUGCAGCCGCAAAGCCGGUCAGCAGUACACGCCGGGUGUGGGUUCGGCCCGAUACGGUGCCGGCCGCUGCCGCUGCAGCUCCCGCUCCCGCCCCUGCCCCUGCCCCUGUCGCUGUUGCUGCUGGUGGGACUGCAAGCACUGCUGUCGCGGCUACUCAGGAAGUCGCGGUCGGCGCGGCGGCUGCGGCGGCGGUGGCAGGGGUUGCGGCGGCGGCGGCCAGCGCAGCUGCGGCGCCUGCGCGCCGGCAGCGGAUCGUGUUCGCGCCGCCACCCAAGGCCGGCACAGGCGCGCCCGCAGUCUCGGCCGGCGCCCCUGCCACCUUUACCAAGAGCAAAACCGCCUUGUCGGCUGCAGCAUCGGCGCCAGUACCGGCACCAGCACCGGCACCACUGUCAGCACUUGCACUUGCACCUGCACCUGCGCCUGUGCCUGCACCCGCCUCUGCACGGGUGUGGCGGCGGCCGGCGGAGGCGCCGGGCCCCCAGGGCGGGGGCGGCGGCCGCAAGCCCGGCGCUGUGUCCGCAGCAUCGCCGGCGUCGGCGUCGACACCGAGCGCGUUCUCAACCACCGCUGCAACUGCCGCGGCCGCCGUGUCUGGGCAGGCGGUGACGGCGGCGGCGGCGGCGCGCCGCAUGGAAACCCCGGGGGCGGUGCGGGCGCGGCUUCGUGCGCAGGGCGCCGCACAGCUGGUCGCCGCCGCGGCAGCGCAGCCGUCAGGUGGAGGCGUUCCCACAGCGGCGGCGGCAAUCGGAACAGCAACAGGGGCGCCCGCUGCAACACGUGCGGCAGCUGCGGCUACGGGGCCUGCCCGUCCUGCUGUGGCGCCUUCGGCCUCCGGCGCCGCGGCCUCGCAGUAUGGGUACAUGCGGCCAGGUGCGAACAAGCUCGUGCGCAAGGCCGCACACACCACCCCGACCGCACCCGCACCGGCAUCAGGGCCGGCAUCAGCAGCACAUCAAGGGCAAGGAACAGCAACAGCCGCGACCGGGGCUUCCGGUGCGGCGGCGGCGGCGGCGGCGGCAGCGGUGGCGGCGAGGCCAGGAGGUCGCGGUCCGCGGUACCGCCGCGUUGGUCGCGCCCUGGUGCGUCUCCCGUCUGGCAUGGUGGCGGCGGCGGCGCCGUCAGGGGCAGCCGCGGCCGCUGGCAGCGGCCGCCCUGGGCCGGGAAGGAUGGGGGAGGCCGCCGCUGCAAGGGCGGCUGAGGCGGUGCUGCCGCGGACGCUGCUGCUGCUUCCGGGCCGGGUGAGCCGGCGGCGCGGCGGCGCCCUUACAUGGUCGCGCGACGGGCCGGGCGUGGGCGCCAUGGGUACCGCCGCCAAAGCAGCAGCAGCAGCAGCAGCAGCAGCUGGAGCUGCGGGCGUCAGGCCCUCAGGGGCUAGUGGCGUGGCGGGAGCAUUACAAGGCAGGCAUGGACAGGGACAGGGCCUGGGUGCGGCGGCGGGACUGAGUAAGCAGCAGCAGCCGCUGCUGCUGCGUGUGAGCCGGACCACGCUGCUGUCCGCAGCGGCACUGGCCAGCCGUGGAGCAGCAGCUCCUGCAUUCCAAGCGCCGGCACGUGCACGGAACGGAGCGAGGGCGGCGUCAGUGGCGGCGGCCGCGACCGCAGCAGCAGCGCGGCGCCGAGGAACUGGUGGCAGCGGCGGCGGCCGCACACUUCGACUGGUGACGGUGCGGGGGCAGCACUACUACGCAUCGGGCGGCGGCCCCGGAGUCAGCGGACGGCGGCUGCACUCGCUCGGCAGCAUUGCGGGAAAGGCGGCCGCCUCCGCCGCCUCGGCCGUGGCUGCUGCCGCCGUAGCCAAGGUGGCGGCGGCGGCCGCGGCGCGGCGGACGGCGCCGGCAACGCUGCGCCGCGCGGCGCUGGCUACGCGGGCGUUCCGCUCCGCGGUGUGGCGGCGGCGGCAGCAGACGGCAGCCGAGCCGGCAGCCGGCGGCGGAGCCACGUCGGCACCUGCGGGAGUGCGGCGCGGCAGCGGUGCUGCGGCGGCUGCGGCGGUGGUGGCGGCGUCUCGGGCGACGGCGGCUCAGCGGAUUCUGGCCAAGGCGCGGAUGCGGCGAGCCGCGGCGGCGGCCACUCAGGCUCGCGGCUUGUGCCCGGAGUACUGCAGGACGGGCGUGUGUCCCCUGGCCAAGGCAGCCGACCGCAAGGAGCGGUGUCCCCACACACACGACCCAAGCAAGGUGGCUGUUUGCCCGCGCUGGCUGGCUGGCAGCUGCCGCGCCGGCGAGUCCGCCUGCCCGCUGCAGCACCGCCGUGUGCCCGACCUCAUGCCGCUCUGCAGCUUCUUCCUGCAGGGCAAGUGCACCUCCACCGACUGCGCCUACCUACACAAGGCGCACCCGCCCUCCGCGCCCCUCUGCCGCGCCUUCCUGUCCGGCCACUGCCCGCGCGGCGCCGCCUGCACCUCGCUGCACCUCACCACCAAGAUGGCCCGGGAGCGGGCGCGGCUGGGUGCCGGUGCCGGUGCUGGCGGUGGUGGUGGGUCAGGGGCGGGGCGCGGCGGGCGGAGGCCACGGUAUGGGACGCGGCCGGUCGAAGGUGGUGAGUGCGGUGGCGGCGGCAGCCCGGGAAAAGGUGAGGGCGACGGCGAGGGUGAGGCGGCGGGAGCGGAAGGGGAUGGGCCUGGCAGCGGGGGAGCGCACGUCGGGAGCGAGGGUGGGCGUGGUGGGGAUGCCGCCAAGCGGCGGCGCGAGGCCGGCGGCGACUAUCGCGGCGGUCAAGCGCAGAGGCAGCACCCGCCCAAGCGGCGGCGUGGUGGGUUCCGCUACUUCGACCAAGACGAUGUGGAGGAGGUGGCAGCGGGUGACAGCCGCCACAACAAGCAGCAGUUGCUGCAGCAGCAGCAUGGCGACGGGGCUGCGGCUGUAGCUGUGGCCGGCAGUGGCACGCCACCGCGCACGGGGGUCCCUGCGGCCGCCACGGCACGGGUGGCAGCGGCGGCGGCAGCGGCUGCGACGCCGCCCCGGCUAGGCCCUCCUGAGGCGGGCACACCGAUGUCUCUGGGUGAGCUGGCGGCAGCGGGGGCGGAUGGCGCGGCGGCUUCACGGCAGUCAUGCGAGGACGGGGCUGCAGGGGAGCAUGGCGAGGCCGCGGCGGGCACGGGGGUGGCGGAGGUGGCGGGGGUAGGCGGCGACGGUGCCAGCGGUGGUGGUGCCCCGACAAAGCUUUUGGCGGGCGGCUGGAAGCUGUACUUGUAGAGCGGGCUGAGUGCGAGAGUUGAAGUGUAUUGUUGAAAGUACGCUGGUUUCGGGGGCGUGGGCAACCGGUUGAGAUGCGGAGGAGCACUUUGGUUGGCCAAGGAGCGCCGAGCGUGCGGUCAUGCCAUGGUGGCGUUGACGCAGCCAAGCAUGGAUUCUUGUGCAACGUUGACAUGGAACUUGUA